UAUGGGGGCAGGGGCGGAGGUGGGAGCCAGUAUUUCUUGGGCUAGUGAGGAACUGCCCAAGCCUUUGCAGUCUAGGCAGAGGGGAGGGGAGCCUUUGGGGUGGGCAGGCCGCCUGGCCUGGGGAUGCCUGGGCAGAUGUGGAGGCAGCUGGAAAGGUGGCACAGCACUUGGGUCGCUGGAGCUGCGCUGUUCCUAGGAGACGGAGGAGCGGCAAGCCUGCGGGGGAGGGGGAGCAAGUGGGUUGCUGCUUUUAGCAGCUGAAAGGGCUGCAGGGAGCUCUGGGUAAGACAUUUUCUGCGGCUGCUGCUUCUGCGGUACAAGCUGCCGCUAGUAAGUCAGAGGAAGGAGGAUCGAGAGGGAGGAGGCUUCAUUUGCAGCCAUGCUGAAUCACUGUUGCUGAUCAGAUCUCCUGCUGGUUGGCUGCGAGAAUUGAGAACAGAGCUAGGAUCUCUGGGUGCAUGCACAGUUCAGCAGCUGCCAUCCCCGCUGGGCCUCGCACAAUGGAGGGUGAAAGCAUCAAGCUGAGCUCCCAGCCACCAAUACAGGCUGGGGAUGAUGAGAAGAACCAGAGGACUAUCACUGUCAACCCUGCCCACAUGGGGAAGGCAUUCAAGGUUAUGAAUGAACUGCGGAGGUACUUUUCCUAUUUUGCCCGUGCCCUUUUGGAAGGAACUUGCUGGUAAGCAUCUGUUGUGUGAUGUGAUGAUUGUGGCAGAAGAUGUCGAGAUAGAAGCCCACCGUGUGGUCCUGGCAGCCUGCAGCCCCUACUUCUGUGCAAUGUUCACAGGCGACAUGUCUGAGAGUAAAGCCAAGAAGAUUGAAAUCAAGGAUGUGGACGGGAGGACACUGAGUAAACUGAUCGACUACAUCUACACAGCUGAAAUUGAGGUGACCGAAGAGAAUGUCCAGGUGCUGCUCCCAGCAGCCAGCUUGCUGCAGCUCAUGGAUGUUCGGCAGAACUGCUGUGACUUCCUUCAGUCUCAGCUGCAUCCCACCAAUUGCCUGGGCAUUCGGGCAUUUGCAGACGUGCACACCUGCACUGACCUUCUGCAGCAGGCCAACGCUUAUGCAGAGCAGCACUUUCCAGAGGUGAUGCUGGGGGAAGAAUUUCUUAGCCUAAGUCUGGACCAGGUGUGCAGCUUGAUAUCCAGUGACAAGCUGACUGUUUCCUCAGAAGAGAAGGUAUUUGAAGCUGUGAUUUCGUGGAUCAAUUAUGAGAAAGAAACUCGUUUAGAGCAUAUGGCAAAGCUGAUGGAACAUGUCCGUCUCCCUCUUCUACCUAGGGAUUACCUCGUCCAGACAGUUGAAGAAGAAGCUUUGAUAAAGAAUAACAAUACCUGUAAGGACUUCCUCAUCGAAGCCAUGAAAUAUCAUUUGCUCCCUCUGGAUCAGAGGCUCUUGAUUAAGAACCCAAGGACCAAGCCCAGGACUCCUGUCAGUCUACCCAAGGUCAUGAUUGUGGUCGGUGGACAGGCGCCCAAGGCCAUCCGCAGCGUGGAGUGCUACGACUUUGAGGAGGACCGAUGGGACCAGAUUGCUGAGCUUCCCUCCAGGAGAUGCAGAGCAGGUGUGGUGUUCAUGGCUGGCCACGUGUAUGCUGUGGGUGGGUUUAACGGCUCACUGCGCGUGCGGACGGUGGAUGUGUAUGACGGCGUGAAGGACCAGUGGACGUCCAUUGCCAGCAUGCAGGAACGCCGGAGCACACUGGGUGCGGCUGUGCUCAAUGACCUGCUCUACGCCGUGGGAGGCUUUGAUGGCAGUACUGGCCUAGCAUCGGUGGAAGCCUACAGCUACAAGACCAAUGAGUGGUUCUUCGUGGCUCCAAUGAACACGCGGCGGAGCAGCGUGGGUGUGGGCGUCGUGGAGGGAAAGCUAUAUGCUGUUGGGGGUUACGACGGGGCCUCCCGCCAGUGCCUCAGCACCGUGGAGCAGUACAACCCUGCGACCAAUGAGUGGACAUACGUGGCGGACAUGAGCACCCGCCGCAGUGGCGCAGGAGUUGGGGUCCUCAGCGGACAGCUGUACGCCACAGGUGGGCAUGAUGGGCCCUUGGUGAGGAAGAGUGUUGAGGUGUAUGAUCCUGGAACAAACAGCUGGAAGCAGGUGGCAGACAUGAACAUGUGCCGGCGCAAUGCAGGGGUCUGUGCGGUGAACGGGCUCCUGUAUGUGGUCGGAGGGGAUGAUGGGUCCUGCAACUUGGCCUCAGUGGAGUACUACAAUCCCGUCACCGACAAAUGGACGCUGCUGCCAACCAACAUGAGCACGGGGCGGAGCUAUGCAGGUGUUGCUGUGAUUCACAAGCCCUUGUGACCCCAACUCCCACCGCCAGGAGGUGGGGGAUGGGAGAGGCGCUGCCUGGGGCUCAGAACGGAGGGAUCCCGAUUCACCGGGAGAGUGUGCAGUGGAGUGAGAACCGCCCUCCUCCAACUUGGCAGACUGGAGUCCACAGUGAAGACUGAGGACCCACCUCCUGCACCCCUGAGGGUGUGGGCCUCUGUCCUAAGCAGUGGGUUUCGGCUAGCCUCAGGUGGCAUCUUUGGGCUGUUUUGGGGUUUCUACAGGGACAACGUGAGAGAGAGAGAGAGAGAGGGAGCACGAGUGAGCGUGCGUAAGUGUGUGUGUUUGUGUGCAAGUAUGUGUGUACGUGUGUUUAGAACAUGGUAUCUCACUAAGUUGGGGGCGGGGUGUGACAGUCUACUGGUUUUCUGUACUACUGACCCUUCCGCUAUGCUAAAAAUCAAAUCACAGAAACCUCUCCUCUGGAUUUGCCCCAUGGGCACCCUGAGACUACUACGGCUGCUGUCUGCUGGAAGGCCAGCUGGACAGGAAUGUGCAGGAGGGACCAGCAAGAGAAGCAGUGCUCUGACCACGCCCACAUACUGGCCUUGACUCCUGGCACUGUCUGCAGAAGAGCUGGGCGUUCUCAAAGCUGCACUGAGUCCUCUGUGUGCUAGAACCAGGAGCGAGUGGGCGCCCUGGCCCAUCAGCCAGUGCUCUUCCUUGGACUCUCCUACAGGAAGCACCGAGAACUGCUCAGUCUUCGGACCACUGGUCUUUGAUGUCAUGGAUUCCAGGCUUGGGAGAUUUUGUGUCUCUUCAGCUGGGAAAACUAGCUCUUCAGAGAAGCCUGAGUAUGACACUAGGGAAAAAAACUACGUGAAAGACAAAAACAAAAGAAACCAAAGUGGAAAGGCUUCAGUCCCUGCCCAUAAUGGUUUCGGAGAGAAUCCAACUUCUGGAUUUUUUCAGCAUAUAGAAGUUCUCAUUAUACGUAUUACCCAGGAGUAAUUAUUCACAACAUCUUAUUUACCCUUGAAAGUGUCCUGACUUGGAGAUAAGUAGAGGUCAACCUACGUUCCAACCCAAAGAUAGGUUUGUCCCUGUGUUGGACGGGGUCGUGCGUGACUCAGAUGGACAUGGACGCCUUCUAAGGAGCACACUGGCUGGGGCUGGUCCUUGCCACUUUGUGAUGAUGGUCAUGUCUGCCUGAUGUCCUGUCUUCCUUCCCCGUGCUCUCCCCACCCCAGGGCCCGUGCCCUCUCUCCAAACCUCCAAACGCUCCCCUCCGCCUUGCUUCCCCUGUGGGGAGGGAGAUGGUGGUGGCCCUGGAUGUGUGAUCUCUCUCAGGGGUACUUGGCAUUUUAAUGAACUGUAGAAAUGAUCCCUGAAAGCAUAGUCUUAGGGGGCACUUGCAUUUUAAGAGAGGAGCUAAUGAGAACUUUGCUAAUUUACAGGUAAAAAUUAUUAAUGACAGAACUUCAAGAAUCUGGAGGGAGGUGGGUAUUUGAAGGUGCACAGUCAUUUGCAUGAGAAAAAAGAACCUUAAAGCCGUGCUGUCCCUGAACUAGCAAGUUAUUUAUAUUGGAAUUUCUGGCAUAAGGAGUAGAGUCUCGUCUCUGGAGAACAGUCUUACACCUUGGGGGCUGGGCUUUAGCUGUCCAUGAUGUCACAGUCCACUUAAAGGGAACCCAGGGGCUCUGUGAACCCUGAUAUGGGGCUUCUGACACAUCUACUGUCCUUCCAAGCAGAUGCUGUAGGAACUGGCCUUCCCUUGACCUCACCCUCACAGCUACAAACCCAGGAUCUUCCCAGCUAGUCGGCCACUUUGUAUAUUUACAGUGCAUUUAUUGUGCACUAAACACUGAACUCUCUUGAAGAUGAAAGCUCUGAUGUUGAGCAGAUGUUAUUUCAGUGAGACAUUUGGAGAGGACCAAGGCACCUAGAGUUUUUAGUAGCCUUGGGAAGAGGCUAAGAUAUCCAGCUUUGAUGGACCUGGAAGAAAUCUCCAAAGCAAUCAAGGCCCACUUUCAGUCGGCUCCCCACUCUCACCUGGCACCGGGGAUGACUGUGGUGGGAGAGCUCUGCCUGGCUCUGGGUGGGAAGCUGAUGGAAUGAGGUUUUUGCUCCAAAUGUUCUUCCUCCCUCUCCAAGGAAGGUUUGGGACUCAGUUUUGGAGUGUGUGCUGGGGAUGAGGAUGAGGUUAGGGUCUGAUGUGUGCUGUUCACACAGCUCUGAUGUCAGGUGAAAGGUGAGAGCUCCCUUCCCCUCCCCCACCACAUAGGAGCUGGACUUUCACUCUUGUAUGGGAGAGGCUAUUGUUUGUGUAUCACCUUCCCAGAAGGGUCCCUUCCCUGAAAGCUAGCCAGCCAUGUGCCCUGCUUUUGGAUUUUUGCUAUUGGUUCCACCUCACGUCUCCCUUCCAAGGAAGCACAGCCCCUCCUGGUAGUGCUGCUGAAGCCACGUUCAUUUCAUCCUCAUGUGUCCUUUUUCACGGGGACUCUAGAACACUGGUAUGUCAUCACCAAAAAGCCAACUGCUCUAACUGCCCAUGGAUACCAUCAAAAACUGGAUGUCUCUAUCACCAGGUACUAUUCUCUUUCCACAGAGGGCACAACAGGCUUAUUGUCAAGUCUGUGCUGGUCAUGUGGUUGAACCCCCAACACCCAUUCAGGUGGCCACAACUACUUAUGAGUGCAGCUUUGCCAGUGGUGUACCUGAAAUCUGAUCACAGUGAUGAAGUGCAAUUGUGGCCCAAGGUUAGAAGCAGCUUAGGUGCUCUUGGAUGCUGUGUAGAAGUCAGACUCUGAAUUCCAAAGUUAUUUCUCAUAAGUACCCAAUGGCAUCUCUCCAUCUAAAAAGUUGCAGUAUUAUGCAAAUGAAAGUGACCUCAUUUUCUGCUAUGCAAUAAGAAUACUUAAUUCUAUUUCAUGACAUACCAGUUGCAACAUCUCCUAAGAUACUUUUUGAGCUGUCUUACUUUGAUAUCUGUUGUGUAAUAUUUGUAUAUUCCUGAGCCAGAUCCUUUCAAUGACUGCCUUUUUAUAUACCUGAAGCUACAGCUUUCAGGCUAAAAUUUUAAUGUAGAUAUUUUUAUAAGAUAAUUUUUCAGGAUAUUUGAAUUGCUUUUUAUUGUCCAUGAUAAUGAAAUAUUAUGUUCUAUACUACAUGUUAUUCACUCUUAAACGUAGUCCAUGCUUGUAGCUAUCCUCCCUGUGUUUCUCAUGCUCCCAAAACUGAUUUUUCAGUAGCUCUGGGUAGAAAAUACAAUUGCUGGUGUUUCUUGAAACCCUUAGGGACUACAUUAAAGCCAGACUCAGUACGUACCCAUCUGUGUCUGCUUUUUUGGAGUCCAGUUUCUGCAGUGGUGAGGCUGGUCAGUCCAUCUCCUGGUGAUUCUCUCUGCCUGGCACUGAGCCCGGCCCGCUGUGGCGUGGAGAAGCUCCAGAUAAAGGCCUGCCCUCCGGCACAUGCUCCCUGGAGCGUCCGAGGUCUAGUAGACCAGCCCUCCCUCUCUUCUGUCUCCUUAUUCUUCUGAAGCUUCCAACAGCUUAAGGCCUGUGCUGCCUGCCAGGUGAUGGCCCUUUUGGAAGCUUUUUGCCUGUGAACUUUAAAAGAGGGUCACUCUCAUGAGCCCCAUUAAGAAUGUGUCAAAUAUGUGCUUCACGGAUACUCACAUUACGCUUACAAAAUUACUUGUUUUUUGAGCUGUGUCUACACUCCAGGCUCUCUUUUGUGUACUUAUCUGCCAUUAGCUUCAUUAAAAAACACUUUAUUUUUUUUUUAUUAUUGGGACGGGUGCCAUGUGAAUUGCCUCCAUGUUCCCCAUUGCACCUUGUUGGGUCAAGCUGGGAGGUUGAACAAACUCAUUCCAGCUUGCUGGAGUUUUUAAGUGUUUGCCUGGAGAAGCAAGGAGGUUGGAAUGUAUUUUCUAAAGUGCACUAUUCAGAGUCCUACGCCCCUCACGUUCAGCUGUGCUGCGUAUCUACUGACCAAGCAGGAGAGCUGGCAACACUUCCGACAUUUGGGGAUGGAAAAGGCUUCUUCCGUGGUGGAUGACCACAGCCUCGUAGCCCCCCAUGCAGCCUCUGUCCUGGGGCUCAGUGACGUGUGGAUCAGCCACAGCGGAAAAGCAUGGGACUGCGGCAUUAGGAGAAACAACUUGCUCUAGCUGUGUUCUUGCCUUUGGUUUUGAAAUUUCGAGUUAUUUUCCCUGUUUCAGUGGCAAUAAAGGACCCUUGUUGGACUUGUUGUUUAAUUUGUAUAUGAUGUGUAAAAUGCUUUCUUUGAGAGAAAACUCAAGACACUGAAUGUGUUUGUCUGUGUGGGUGUGCUUGGGAGGGCAGACUCGGUCACUGACCCUGCAGCACAGUGCCGGGGUGAGGUCCUUGAUCUGGUGUUUUCUGCUCGGACAUCAGGGCCUUCAUAUCUUGUAAAAGAACACUUGUCACAUGCUCAAUCAGUGACAGUGCUAGCUGAAUCAACAGUUCCUCAAAUGUAUUAUUUUAACAGGAAUCAUGUUCUAGUUUCCCAUACUUUGUUACUUUAGUUUUAAUAAAUGCUGAACUGUGAGAACCUU